AUGUUGUAUCUGCUCGCAGUCGCGCUUUUUGGUGCUUCGUCCAUUCAUGCGCUCACCACACGCCAGACCAUUGCUGUUCUGGAUUCGUCCCAAGUCGACUCGUACACGCCUUACACUUAUUACGCCAGCACUGGGUACUGCAGUGCUGCGCAGACGCUCGCCUGGGACUGUGGCACCAACUGUGAGGCUAAUCCUGGUUUUGUACCUGUUGCCUCUGGGGGAAACGGCGACGCUAUUCAGUAUUGGUAUGUCGGAUAUGAUCCUCUGCUCAGCACUGUGAUCGUCGCGCACCAAGGAACCGACCCUUCCGAGAUUUUGCCCCUCAUCACUGACGCCGACUUCUUCCUUGCGAACCUUGAUUCCUCGUUGUUCCCGGGGAUUUCCUCUGACAUCAAAGUCCACAACGGAUUCAGCGACGCACAGGCGUUGACUGCGACAGACGUUCUCGCGGCUGUGCAGACAACUUUGUCAAAGUAUGGAACAACGUGCAUCACUUUGGUCGGUCAUUCCCUCGGAGCGGCCAUAUCCCUUCUAGACUCUGUCUAUCUUCCGCUUCACCUCCCCUCAGGCUUGACUUUCCAGACUAUCACGUAUGGUCUUCCUCGAGUCGGUAACCAAGCCUUUGCCGACUACGUGGAUGCCAAUCUCCAUCUCAUCCAUAUCAACAACAAGGAGGAUCCAAUCCCGAUCUGUCCAGGAAUGUCCCUCGGCUUUGUCCAUCCUGCUGGAGAGAUUCAUAUUGACGAUUCUGGAGAGUGGGCUGCGUGUCCUGGACAGGACAAUCUGAGCACUCAGUGCAUUGUUGGCGACGUGCCAAAUAUCUUCGAUGGUAACGAAUCAGACCAUGAUGGCCCAUAUAACGCCGUCGAAAUGGGUUGUUAGUGGUGCAGAGCGUGCGCCUUAUCGAGGAAGGGCAACGAACGAGUAGACGGCAGGACGGCGGAGAGCGUGGU